AUGGGUGAACGAGUUGAGUCUGCUUUUGAUCAAUUGCAGGCCAUUUUAGAUAAUGAACGAUUUGGCUCAUGGAAUGAAGAUGACGUCACAACACUUCUUUCACUCUUAAAUGAAUACUAUAAACAUCAACAGAAACAACAAAAGAAGUCUGAUUGUACAGGUGAAAAAGAAAAGGAUGAUGAAACUUAUUUAGAUGAAGAAGAUAUAAUUAAUGAAAUGGAUCGAUCAUUAACAAAACUUCGUCAUUUUUUACAGAAACGUCUUCCAUAUGGUUCUGUUCAUGAACCGAAUGCUCCACCAUUACCUUUAUCCACAUCAUCACCCUCUGAUGAAGAUAAGAGUAUAGUGAAAGUGAAAAAUAAUAAUAAUAAUAAUAAUAAUAAUAAUAAUAAUAAUAAUAAUAUAAAGGCACCUGUUUAUCCUGUAGAUGCAUUUAUGUAUUUAGAGGAAGAUGUGGAAGAACUUGUGCAACAGGGAUGUAUCUCACGAGAGUACUGUAAAACGUGUGGGUCUGUAGAUAUUGGAUUAAGUGAUUUCAUCACCCAUUCCUUCUCUCAAGAUCAGUUGGUGUAUCUCUCUUGUUAUUUAUUACCAGCCCUUAGUGAUGCCGCUUACAUUGUCACCCCAGAUUGGAAAUUACAGCGACGCAAUGAAGAACAGUGUAAAGAAGUUAAAUUACCACUAUCAACAUCAACAACAACAACAACAACCGCUAUAUCUUCUUCUUCUUCUUCUUCUUCAGUAGUGUUAACAUCACCUCCUUUUAGUUGUCGACAUGUUGUGGAUGUGGGUUCACGUCUUGGAGUGGUACUUCUUUCCUGUUACUUCGCCGCACAGCAGCAAAGACUGGGAAAUACAGAACAAGUGACGGGUGUUGAAUUAGAUAAUAAUAUGAUUACACUUCAACAUGAUGUGAUUAAAAGAUUUGCUUCUAAACCUUCAUCCUUACAGUUAAAUGUUGUGCAUAGUAACUGCUUUGAGGGAACAGGGAUGGAUGUACUUUGUCAGGCAGAUGUGGUGAUUUUACAUAAUGUGUUUGAGUACUUCUCUGCAUCUCCGGAGGAACACCUGCAAUCGUGGCAACGACUACGGGAGAUUUUAACACGACGUGGUCAAUUAUUGAUUUGUUCCCCGAGUCUUCAGGAAACACUCGCCGGGUUUACAGAAGAACAGGUGCGUAAAGUCUUGACAAACAACCACAAUAAUAAUCAUAAUAAUAAUAAUAAUAAUAAUAAUAAUAAUAAUAAUCAUAAUAAUAAUCAUAAUAAUAAUAAUAAUAAUAAUAAUAAUAAUAAUAAUUCUGGAAAGGAGGAGGAGGAGGUUGUUGUGCAAGAGCAUGUGAGUCCUAAUUCCCGCAAGCGCUCUCGAGAUGAGAUGAAAAAUGAGUCGUUUAUUGAAGUCUGGCGAAGGGCGUGGGUGGAGGAAAUUGAUGUCUCUACAGUGCGAGAUGUAUUCUUUUCCCUUAGACAAGAAGGCAAUAAUAAUAAUCAUAAUCAUCAUCAUUGUGAAAGUGAUGAGUGUUGUUCCCAUGGAGAAGAUGAGGAGUUGCUUGAGAGGUUAAAUAGUGUGCGGGUGUAUAUGGUAAAGUAA